GGCUAAACUUCCAGUUCCCCUCUCUACGGACGAGUGCUCUUUUCCAGCUUACCCACGCAGAGGCCCCAUUUUCCAGAAUGGAGUGCCGGUUGGUUUUAGCGAUUUUAGUCGUUUGCCUCAUCUCUUAUGGCCUUUCGGAUGUGCAGCUCAGUAGUAAUGUUAUUCUCGAGCCGUAUGAUCUGCUGUUCGACACAGCGGUAGAAGCAUACUACAAGGGUGACUGGAUGACGGUCAUCCUGAACAUGGAGAGGGCGCUUCGGAACAAGGCUGCGAUACGCAGGGUGAAGGCGCAUUGCCGGAUAACUUGUGCAAACCAGAGCGCUUUCGGAGAGCCUUUAUCCAGCAUAGUUGUGACAAUACCAGGUGCUGGCUCUGUGGAGGAUCUUGGUUUUUUUCAAAAAAUUAUGAAAAGGGCUGAUUGUGUAAAUACCUGCGAAAGUGAUAAAAUUGGACCACCAACUAUCCAUAAAAUCACUGAAGAUGUGGACCUCGAGUUUAAGAAGAGAACCCCUUACAAUUAUCUGCAAGUCGCAUACUUCAAGAUCAAUAAGCUGGAUAAGGCUGUGGCAGCGGCCAACACGUUUUUCCUGGCCAACCCAGACCACAUUGAGAUGAGGCAGAACCUGGACUACUACAGGAUGAUGUCCGGAGUACAGGAGGAAGACUUUAAAGACCUGGAGGCCUGGCCGCACAUGGCAGAGUUCCUUGCAGGGAAGCGGUACUACAGCUCAGACUCGUUCGGUCUGGCCAUCGACCACUUUGAGGCAGCGGUGGAAGAGUACUUCAGCGCAGACCAGGAGUGCCGGGCGCUCUGCGAAGGAGCUUACGACUACGACGGAUACAACUACAUGGAGUACAGUGCUGACCUCUUCCAGUCCAUGACAGACCACUACAUGCAGAUUAUGAACUGUAAGCAGAGCUGUUCUGUGGAGCUAGCCUCCACCGCAGGAAAGGACAAGCCAUUUGAGGAUUUCCUCCCUUCCCACUUCAACUACCUACAGUUCUCCUACUACAACAGUGAGAAGUAUGAGCAGGCCAUAGAGUGUGCUAAGACCUACCUGCUGUUCCACCCAGAAGAGGAGGUAAUGAAUCAGAACCUGGCCUACUACUCCGCUGUGCUGGGAGAGGACAAGGCUGCAGCCAUACCUGCUAGACAGGUGGUAAAACAGCACAUUCAGCAGUCCCUGUUAGAGAAGGAGCUGCUCUACUUUGCUUUUGAAGUGUUUGGAAUCACCUUUGUUGAUCCAGAUUCCUGGACCCCUGCAGACAUCAUGCCCCUCAAACUGAGAGAGAAGCAGAAGGCAGACAGGGAGACUGCAGCAAGAAUCACUGAGGAGAUUGGGAAUCUGAUGAAGGAGAUUGAAACUCUGGUGGAGGAGAAGAACAAGGAGUCGACUGAUAUUGCCAAGAUCGUACGAGAAGGUGGUCCUCUGUUGUUUGAUGACAUCAAGAUUACCAUGUCGUCUAAGCAGCUGAAUGGGUCUCAGAGGGUUCUACUGGAUGGAUUUAUCUCGGAGGGCGAGUGCAGAGAGCUCACCCGCCUCUCUAAUGCGGCUGCGCUGAAAGGUGAUGGGUACCGAGGCCUUCCCUCCCCACACUCCCCCAGCGAGAGCUUCCAAGGAAUCACAGUCCUCAAGGCUAUUAAGUUUGGACAGGAGGGAACUGUGCCCCUGAAGAGUGCCCGUCUGUUUUUCGACAUGAGUGAGAAGGUGCGUAGGGUCCUCGAGUCGUACUUCCGUCUGGACUCUCCUCUCUACUUCUCCUACUCUCACCUGGUCUGUCGCUCCGCCAUCGACGAGAAGCAGGAUGACCGUGACGACCUGAGUCACCCAGUUCAUGCAGACAACUGCCUUCUGGUCUCUGAGCUCAACAAGUGCAUCAAAGAACCACCCGCAUACACACACAGAGACUACAGCGCCAUCCUCUAUCUAAAUGAUGACUUUGAAGGAGGAGAUUUCAUUUUCACUGAACUGGAUGCCAAAACUGUCACAGCGGAGGUGCGUCCUCAGUGUGGUCGUGUGGUUGGUUUUGGGGCAGGGGAGGAGAAUCCUCAUGGCGUGAGAGCGGUCACUAAGGGCCAGAGGUGUGCUGUGGCCCUGUGGUUCACCCUUGACCCCAAACACGAGGAGAAGGAGCGGAUCCAAGCUCAAGAGAUGCUGAAGAUGUUCUCCACUCCUACGGACGCAGAGUUCACAGAGACAAAGACAGAGAGCUCAGAGCCACAGCUCACACUUCCUGACCAGGCUGCGCUUCUUGGUCAAGCUGCACCCCCAGUACAGGAGCAGGUAGACAAACCAGUUGACAAACCAGCAGAGAAUAAGCCUGAGGAACCAGCAGAAACAGUAAUAGAAAACCCAGCUGAUAACCCAGAAGAUAAAAAGGAUGAGAAGCCGACAGAGAAUCAGGCAGAAAAACAAAUUGCCAAAGAGGGUGAAAAACCCAAGUUGAAAGAGGCGGUCAAAACGAAAGACAAAGCAGCCGACGCAUCAAAGGCCAAAGCGACGACUAAAACAGCGGCUAAAGCAGGGGACAAAGCCAAGGCUAAACCAGCAGCAAAAACAAACGUCAAACAUGCAGCAAGCAAAACGAAACCUAAAGCAACAGACAAAAAAGAGCAGAAGCCAGCUACAAAGAAGGCAGAGAAAGCCCCUGUCAAAAAGGUUUCCAAGGACUCUAAAACUGACCCCAAAUCAGCCUCGGACUCACAGACAGACAAGGAUGAGCUGUGAGACCAACAGCACCUGUGACUCUUACUCUGUGGUGUCUCUAUUUUUCUACCGUUUGAAUAUAUUUGUUAAGGUUUUCUCUGUGGGUGUGCUGGAUAAAGAUAUGUAGUUGUUGAUGGAUGUUGUUUGUCUGCCCAGUAGCGGUGGUAAAUUAACCUGUGUUGUAAUGUAAACCAUACCAUAAUACCAAGGGACUGCAAACUCACUCCGAUGGCUGAUAUCAACUAACCAAUCAAUCAAAUCAAUGAAUCAACCAAUCAGAUUUGAUUUGUAUAGUGCAUUUCACAAAUGCAUUUGUCACAAAGUGCUAAAUAGUAACCACAUUUAAAUUCAUAUCCCAGACUCAUGUGAACAUACUGUGUUGUUUUUAUAGUGUUACUUUUGUGUAUGAUUUGGAAUUCUCUGUGCUAUUUUGUACUGAUUUUAAAUGAACUGUUCUUUGCUUCAGGAAUGGAAAGAUAUAAUCUCCCAACAAAAAGAGAUAAAAAAACAGGAAAGAACAA